AUGGCUUCAUCUGUGUCAGAUGACUUUUGGCUCUUUGGAUACGGGCUAGGUGAGAUCGAACAGAUGAGAACGUCGGUGCUUCGUGUUGAGAUAUUUUCCAGUGAGGACCAUCGUGGAACUCCCCAAUCACCUGGCAGAGUGGUCACGUUGAUUCAGAGAUCAUUUUGGGAAACGCUCAGGGAUCCUCAACGUUCGACCGAGGGCGAUCGCGUGUGGGGCGUUGCGUAUCAUAUCAUUCCCGACAAAGUCGCCGAAGUUAGAGAUUAUCUUGAUAUCCGUGAAAUCAACGGCUACAGCAUUCAGUACACUCCUUUUCAUCCUGCAGACCAAUCACAUCCGGACAUCAAAUGCCUAGUCUAUAUCGGCAUGCCAGAUAAUCCGCAAUUUCUGGGCCCUCUCACCCCAGAAGACAUUGCUCAAACCAUCAAUCUUAGCAUAGGUCCCAGCGGUGAGAACAGGGAGUAUCUGCUUCACCUGCAAGACGCCCUCGGAGCUUUGAGUACUCAUAGUCACGAUGAACACAUCGCCGAUCUAGCACGGAGAGUGCGCGCAAUGGAGCCUCCUUCACGCCUCAACACCCCCUUGCCGACGGACAAUAUCUUGAAGAAAAUCAACAGCACCGAGGAACAAGAAGAGAUUGAGAAGGAUGAAUAA